AUGUCGUCAGGGCCCCGGGAUGGUCAGGAGCAGGAUGCCUCCUCUAAAGCUGUCAGUGAGCAGGGUUUGGGCCACUGGCAACCGAAGAAUGUGAGAUCCGAGACAGAACUGGAGUUUUCCAAGCCUUCUGGAGAUUUUCCUUGCCAAGACGUGUCGCUGACUGUUUCUGUUGAAAAGUGGGAACCUGUGGCUGUCAAGGCUCGACGUGGGAACCUGUGGCUGUCAAGGCUCGACGGCUGGGUCCAAGUUGAAUUCUAUAUGAAUGAAAACACAUUUAAAGAGAGACUAAAGUUAUUUUUUAUUAAAAAUCAGAGAUCAAGUCUAAGAAUACGCCUGUUCAAUUUUUCCCUCAAGUUAUUAAGCUGCUUACUGUAUAUCAUCCGAGUGCUCCUGGAGAACCCUUCACAAGGAAAUGGAUGGUCUCACAUCUUUUGGGUGAACAGAAGUCUACCUUUAUGGGGCCUACAGGUUUUGGUGGCCUUGAUAAGUCUAUUUGAAACCAUACUGCUUGGUUAUCUCAGUUAUAAGGGAAACAUCUGGGAACAGGUUUUACGAAUACCCUUCAUCUUGGAAAUAAUUAACGCGGUUCCCUUCGUUAUCUCAAUAUUCUGGCCCUCCCUAAGGAAUCUCUUCGUCCCAGUCUUUCUCAACUGCUGGCUCGCCAAACACGCCUUGGAAAACAUGAUUAAUGAUCUACACAGAGCUAUUCAGCGUACCCAGUCUGCAAUGUUCAAUCAAGUUCUGAUUUUAAUAUCUACAUUACUAUGCCUUAUCUUCACCUGCAUUUGCGGAAUCCAGCAUCUGGAGCGCAUCGGGAAGAAACUGAAUCUCUUUGACUCCCUGUAUUUCUGCAUUGUGACCUUCUCUACGGUGGGCUUUGGGGAUGUCACUCCUGAAACAUGGUCCUCCAAGCUUUUUGUCGUGGCUAUGAUCUGCGUUGCCCUUGUGGUUCUACCCAUACAGUUUGAACAGCUGGCCUCCCUGUGGAUGGAGAGACAAAAAUCGGGUGGAAACUACAGUCGACACAGAGCUCAAACUGAAAAGCAUGUCGUCCUCUGUGUCAGCUCGCUGAAGAUUGACUUACUUAUGGACUUUUUAAACGAAUUCUAUGCUCAUCCAAGGCUACAGGAUUAUUACGUGGUGAUUCUGUGUCCUACGGAAAUGGACGUGCAAGUUCGGAGGGUGCUACAGAUCCCCAUGUGGUCACAAAGGGUCAUCUACCUUCAAGGGUCCGCCCUUAAAGAUCAGGAUCUGCUGAGAGCAAAGAUGGACGAUGCUGAGGCCUGUUUCAUUCUGAGCAGCCGCUGCGAGGUGGACAGGACGUCCUCUGACCACCAAACGAUUUUGAGAGCGUGGGCUGUGAAAGAUUUUGCUCCGAACUGCCCUUUGUAUGUUCAGAUACUGAAGCCUGAAAAUAAAUUCCACAUCAAGUUUGCUGAUCAUGUUGUUUGUGAGGAGGAGUUUAAAUACGCCAUGUUAGCCUUAAACUGCAUAUGCCCAGCCACAUCUACUCUCAUCACACUGCUGGUUCACACCUCUAGAGGCCAGGAAGGCCAGCAGUCGCCAGAGCAGUGGCAGAAGACGUACGGCCGAUGCUCCGGGAACGAGGUCUACCACAUCACCUUGGAAGAAAGUGCUUUUUUCGCUGAAUACGAAGGGAAGAGCUUUACCUACGCCUCCUUCCACGCACACAAAAAGUUCGGUGUCUGCUUGAUUGGCGUCAGGAGAGAGGACAAUAAAACCAUUUUACUGAACCCGGGUCCUCGCUACAUUAUGAGCGCCACAGACACAUGCUUCUAUAUUAAUAUUACCAAAGAAGAGAACUCAGCUUUUAAAAACCAAGACCAGCGCAAGAAGAGCAGCGUGUCCCGGUCGUUCUACCACGGGCCGUCGAGGCUCCCUGUGCACAGCAUCAUCGCCAGCAUGGGCACCGUGGCUAUAGAUUUGCAAGACACAAGCUGUCGAUCGGCCAGUGGCCCGACCCUGUCUCUUCCUACAGAGGGAAUGAAAGAAAUCCGAAGACCUAGCAUCGCGCCUGUUCUAGAGGUCGCGGACUCAUCAACCCUUCAAACGUGUGAUCUUCUCAGUGACCAGUCAGAAGAUGAAACUACACCGGAUGAAAAAAUGUCCCACAACUUAGAGUAUGCUAAAGGCUACCCCCCCUACUCUCCAUACAUAGGAAGCUCGCCCACGUUUUGCCACCUCCUUCAUGAAAAAGUGCCCUUUUGUUGCUUAAGACUAGACAAGAGCUGCCAGCAUAACUACUAUGAAGACGCAAAAGCCUAUGGAUUCAAAAAUAAACUAAUUAUCGUUGCAGCUGAAACAGCUGGAAAUGGACUGUAUAAUUUUAUUGUUCCUCUCAGGGCAUAUUACAGACCAAAGAAAGAACUCAAUCCCAUAGUACUGCUGUUGGAUAACCCCCUAGAUGACUUGCUCAGGUGCGGAGUGACCUUCGCUGCCAACAUGGUGGUCGUGGACAAGGAGAGCACCAUGAGUGCCGAAGAAGACUACAUGGCCGACGCCAAGACCAUCGUCAACGUGCAGACCCUCUUCAGGCUGUUUUCCAGUCUCAGCAUCAUCACCGAACUCACCCACCCGGCCAACAUGAGGUUCAUGCAGUUCCGAGCCAAAGACUGCUACUCCCUGGCCCUUUCAAAGCUGGAAAAGAAGGAGCGAGAGCGCGGCUCUAACCUGGCCUUCAUGUUCCGCCUGCCUUUUGCUGCCGGGAGGGUGUUCAGCAUCAGCAUGCUGGAUACGCUUCUCUACCAGUCAUUUGUAAAGGAUUAUAUGAUUUCUAUCACCAGACUUCUGCUGGGAUUGGACACUAUCCCAGGCUCAGGCUUCCUUUGUUCUAUAAAAAUCACCGAGGAUGACUUAUGGAUCAGAACGUAUGCCCGGCUCUAUCAGAAGCUGUGCUCGUCCAGUGGAGACGUUCCCAUUGGCAUCUACAGGACAGAGUCUCAGAAGCUCGCUACGUCUGAGUCUCAAAUAUCAAUCAGUGUGGAAGAGUGGGAAGGCAGCAAAGACUGCAAGGAGCAGGCUCCCCAGCGGGCCAACCACCGCAACUCGACGGCCAGCGAGCAGCCGGACCCCCCCCUGCUGAGGAGAAAGAGCAUGCAGUGGGCCCGCCGGCUGAGCAGGAAAGGUCCCAGACACUCUGGUAAAACAGCUGAGAAAAUAACGCAGCAGCGACUGAACCUCUACAGGAGGUCAGAGCGACAAGAGCUUGCUGAACUUGUGAAAAAUAGAAUGAGACACUUGGGUCUGUCUACAGCGGGAUAUGAUGAGAUGAACGACCAUCAGAGCACUCUGUCCUACAUCCUGAUUAACCCGUCUCCGGACACCAGGCUGGAGCUCAAUGAUGUCGUCUACCUAAUCCGGCCCGACCCCCUGUCCUACCUCCCCAGCGGCCAGCCCAGUCGCCACAUGAGCCUGUGCAGCGCGGCGGGCGGGGACCCUCGGGAGGAAACCCAGCUCUGAGCCCCGCGGGCUCCCCCUACCGGGGGCUUUCUGGAAGGAACUCUGCGGCUUCGGGGGAAAAGGCGUUGCUGGCAUGACACGAACUAGGUCGGGAUACGUUCGAAUAGCUCGUAUUUUUAAAAAGUCUGUUCUCUUAGAAGUAGAGUUUAUUUUGAAAUUUAACAUACUGCUUAUUGGUAUUCCUCCUGUCAAUGGAAUGAUUUUGAAAACCUAAAUGAAAACACACAAUUUUGAAUCUGGUCAUUUAAUUGUUUGACCAAACUGGAUGAAGUCGAUUUUUUAAAAUGUUAAGGUUUUAUGAAAGUAAAUAAAAAAUCCCAGCUCUGUGUGGGGAAUCACAAUGGACACCGAAGGUUGUUGCUCCUCCUAAAAAUUAAAUGUCACCUCGUAUUCUUUAAAACUGCUCUUUUAUAAAAUUAAGCUCAUCAGACUUGCCUCAUGGUCUCGACACAGAGAUUACAAACAACCCUCUGGCUGACAUUUUUGUAGGAGUCAUAGUUUGCUUGAGGAUAUAAAUUUUUAAGUCAUCUUAACUUGUUUUGGUUGCCUUUUCAUAGGGCACUAUAUUUAUUUUAGAAUCUGAGAUGCUCACAGCACGAUUUAUUACACCGAAGACACCAAAAUAAAAAGAAAUAUCAAGAACCUGAGCUUUCGGCUAACUUCACGUCUGACCUUCAUGGUAGGUCAAGAAGAUGCACUAAAAAGCAAAAAUACUGAUCGUUCCCCUAAAAGGAUGGCUAACAGAGAGGAAAGACUUAAAAUGUAUUUGUUGACUUAAAUGUAAUCCAAGAAUUGAAACAUUGGCUUUGAAAUACGCAGUGAUUUUCACUGGACUAUUGAGCUUCAACAUUUUUUUAUAUAUAUUUACAUAGAAUAUUUCAUUAGAAAGGUUAUAUAAAAUUCAAAGCAGCAAAAUUAUACUCUUUAUGGAAUACAAAGACAUUUGAAACACUAAAAGUCCUCUUCUAUGCCUUUAGUACUGAAAUAAUCAUAUGCAAAAAUUGAUGUUAAAAAUUUGGAUUUAAUUUUUAAAAAUUAUCUGCGCAUCAACAGUCAGUACGAUGUUUCUUCGAGCUGCCACUUCCCUCCUUCAUUAUGGUUACUUUUAGGAAUAAAUAUAAGAUUUUAUGAGCCUCCCUUUUCCUCCGAAGACCUCAAGUUCAGUCUUUUUGCAUUAGGACGGCUGUCAGGACUAGGAUUUUAAGUUAGGGCGUGACUAUAUUUCCUAUAAAACGAAAAAUGCUGUUUCAUAAAUUUUACAAUAAUUAUUUUUGAUUAUGAACGCUGGUCCAAAUUUCCUAUUUGACACAAUUCCUACAGCUUGCUAUAACAAUGGUAGUUUAUUAGCCUUUCUGUUAUUUAAAGGAAAAAAAU